AUGUAUCCAGACUUUUUGAAAAGAAUGCUUGAAAAGGAGUACCUUGCUGAACGAAGUAUACUGACGCCCACGAAUGAAUAUUUUCACAAGAUAAAUUCACAUGUCUUAUCAUCUGUGCCAGGAAAAGAAUAUACAUAUUUAAGUGCGGAUUCAAUCGGACCAGAGUCAUCAGAAUAUCACUCAUGUGUUGUUUUCUACGACAGAGAAUUCCUCAACAAGCAUGAGGAAUCUGGAAUGGCAAGCCACAAGUUAACUCUAAAGGUUGGAGUACUAAUUAUGCUUCUGCGUAAUCUUAGCAACACGGAUGGACUAUGCAAUGGCACAAGGUUAAUUGUGACCCGGUUAGGAGAUACAGUGAUUGAAGCUGAAAUACUCACAGGUCCAGGUUGUGGAAAUAGGGUUUUCAUGCCACGAAUACUUAUGACUACACCUGAGACAAGUUUACCCUUUAUUUUACACAGAAGGCAAUUUCCAGUAAGAAUUUGCUAUGCCAUGACAAUAAAUAAAAGUCAGGGGCAAAGCCUACCAAAUGUGGGAGUUUACUUGGAAGAACCUGUUUUCUCCAAUGACCAGCUUUAUGUAGCCAUUUCAAGAACCACUAGAAGACAAGGCUUGAAAAUAUUGAUCAAGAAGAAUGGGAAAGAAACAGACGGGGAUGAGUCCUACCAGAAUAUGUUACUGAGACAGUUUCCAGAUCGGAAGACCUGUAAAAAAAGGAAAAUUGAUGAUGAAGACAAUGAAGCAGACUUAUUCUAUCAAAAAUGGUCCAAAGCCACCAUCCCUGAAGAGAAGACCAAGGUUAUCAUUAAAACAAUGCAGCAUUAUGGACAAAAGAUGAUGCCUUGGAUGGUUGAAAUCAGGCAAGCUUACAAAUCACAGCAAGGUGCAGAUAGAGAUCAACAUGCCUUUCUGAAAGCAAGCUCAGAUGCAAUGGAAUCAAUGGAGGAAUUGGACUACCCUGAAAAUGCCUUGAUAUUAUAG